AAGAGUUUAAUCCUAAAACUGCAAGAUUUUUGAGGAAAGAAGCUGGAAAAAACACUGGAAUCCAAAUUAUGUGAAGUUAUUUGAAACAUAAUUUAAUCCAUUUUUUAUAUAAAUAGAUUUGCUUUCUCCCCUGGUAUCACCGUAGUCAUGUACAGCUGAUACAAAAUCCCAAAAAUUAUUCCUGAUAAGAAAUGUACUUUUCUAUUUUUAUUACGCUCAGAGUUAAAACCAAUAAAUUCCUCCAAUUUCUCAUCCAUUCCUCCAACUUCCCAUAAAUUCCAAGUUCCCCACAUAUUCCUCCAAAUUCCCCACAAAUUCCUCUUCAUUCCCCACAAUCUUAGCAAAGUAUUCCUCAGGUAGUUUGCUCCUUGUAUUUGCCCAUGAUUUUAUCAGACUUACAGUGACACUGACAAUUUAUUUACAAUAAAAUGACAAAGAAAAAAGUCGACGACUUAUAUUUCCAGUUAUUUUGCGAAAAGAACUCUGAUGGAACUAAACAUUUGCGCUUACGAGGCAAAGAACUAUACCAAAGAUUUGGUAAAAGACUGGGUCCAAACGAAAUGCCCGCUCUGGCCUCUUUCCUCAACAAAAAUCCCGAAAUCACUUCCCUGGAUUUAGCUUAUAACGACCUGCAAGAUGAAGGCAUCAAAAUUCUGGCUGAAGAAUUCUUUGACCGACCAAAUAAUAUCGUAAAUAUUAACCUGCUACAUUGCGAUUUGCAUGCUGAAGGUCUAAAGAGACUCUCAUCAGCUAAGCAUUUGAAUUUUCAAAUAAUACGAUUGAUUGGCAAUAAACUAGGGGCAGAAGGUGCAAGAUACAUUGGCACGAUACUGGAAAAUUGUCCCGAUUUGAAAAACCUAGACAUUGGAGAAACUGACCAGACUUUAGAAAGCAUCGAAUCACUGCUGAUGAUGAUUGAAAAAAGCCAACUAAAAUCAAUAAAUAUUUCCAGAAUCAUACCCAAUUCCUAUUACUCAAAAUAUAAUAAUUCAACUCUAGCAGAUGAUUUGGGGGUGUUACUCAAGCUGAAUACCUCUUUGGAGGAGCUUAGAGUGCAAAAGUGUGAAUUUGAUGGCCACGACGUUGAGCUACUUUUAGGAGGCCUAAAAGUCCAUAUAAAUCUGAAAAUGCUGGAUUUAACUGCCAAUAAAAUUGGCGAUGAUGGUGUGCUAAUUUUAUGUCAUUGGCUGAAAACUCGUCCUUCUUUAAUGGCACUUCAAAUUUCCGCCAAUGAUAUUACUAUUGUUGGCGGUCAAGCACUUGGCUUGGUACUACCGUUUACAAGAAUCAGAUUGUUGGAUUUGCACAAUAACAAAAUUCAAGACAAAGGCUUGGCCGAGAUUUUCGAUACAAUAAAGAAAAGUACCCAAAUGCGAUACCUUUAUAUUUGGGGUAAUUAUUUGGGCCCGAUUACUUUGGCCAAAAUCGAAAAACUGCUGGAAUCUGGGGUAUUGGAACAAAACAAUAUUGAUGUUAAAGUUUAUUAUGUUGACGGAAAACGUUAUGGGGCUUAUUAUCCGACCAAUCAAUUUACCCAACGGUGCUACUCGAUAAUGGAAUAUGGAUGUCCUCCAGAAUUAAAGAUCAAGCGUAAUAAAAUACGACAUCCUUAUGCGCAGCCAAGGGUUCUAAUUGAUUUUAACUUUUUCGAUCAAUAUCCGCCUGUUGAUGAAAGUUUGGGCUUCAAGGUACCAUUUGCAGCACUAGAAGAUCUUUGAAAAUACUAAUCAAUAAAGGUUUAAUCA